GUACGUCACGUGUGUGGCCGGGGGCGGGGCGUAGAGCGCAGAGUCAGAAGCUCAGUCAGAGGGAGCCGGCGGGGUCUGGAACGUCAGAGGCUGGUCCGUGGAGAGAUAGCCGGGUUCCCGUGCGGUGUCAUGUACCUGGCGGGCCCCAGCCGUGCCUAGCGCCCCUGUGCGUGUACUGUACCCCGGCUCACCCGCAGCGCUGCCCCCGGGCGCCGUGUCACCCUCUGAGCUGCCCCCAGGGCUCUGUGCCACCCUCUGAGCUGCCCCCAGGGCUCUGUGCCACCCUCUGAGCUGCCCCCAGGGCUCUGUGCCACUCUCUGAGCUGCCCCCAGGGCUCUGUGCCACCCUCUGAGCUGCCCCCAGGGCUCUGUGACUGGCAUGGGCUGGACCCUGCACAUGAUUCCCGCUGGCAUGGCACAGGGAGACCGGCUGCUGCUGUGAUCUGCGUCCCCAGGAUCUGAGUGCAAGCUCUUGGAGCCAGGAGGUGUGGAUGCUGUGGAUGAGCUGACCCUGGAUCCUGCACAUCUUUAUUCUCCCCGCUCAGUAUGGAUCUGUGCUCCCGGGUGGUGGUGUGGAUAGUAUGUGCCUCCUUCCUCCAGCAUGGCCACGCAGACAAGCCUACAGGGGCGCCGGCGGAGGAGCAACCCAUUCUGGCAGAGUUCUGCCGAAUCGAUAAGGUGCUGUGUCAGAAAGAGGAGGAGCUUCUGAGCUUUGAGGCCGUAGUCAACAUCCACAAACAGAUGGACGAUGACGCCAACGGCAAUGUGGACGUGGAGGAGAGUGACGAGUUUUUGAGGGAGGACCUGAAUUAUCAUGACCCCACAGUGAAGCACAGCACGUUCCACGGCGAGGACAAGCUGAUCAGUGUGGAGGAUCUGUGGAACACGUGGAAAGUGUCGGAAGUAUAUAACUGGACGGUUGAAGAGGUGGUUCAGUGGCUCAUCACAUACGUCGAGCUGCCGCAGUAUGAGGAGACCUUCAGAAAGCUGCACCUGAGUGGGCGAGAUAUGCCCAGGAUGGCGAUCACCAACGCAACAAUGACCGGUGUUCUUCUGAAAAUGACUGACCGGAGCCAUAGACAGAAGCUGCAGCUGAAGGCCCUGGACACGGUGCUGUUCGGACCCCCUCUGUUGACCCGUCAUAACCACCUCAAAGACUUCAUGCUGGUCGUGUCCAUUGUCAUCGGGGUUGGGGGCUGCUGGUUUGCCUUCAUCCAGAACCGUUACUCCAAGGACCACAUGAAGAAGAUGAUGAAAGACCUGGAAGGUCUGCACCGCGCAGAGCAAAGCCUCCAUGAUCUUCAGACCAGGCUGCAGAAGGCCCAGGAGGAACACCGCACGGUGGAGGUGGAGAAGGUCCACCUGGAGAAGAAGCUGCAGAAUGAGAUCAGUUUGGCCAAGCAGGAGGCCCAGCGGCUGCGGGAGCUCCGCGAGGGGACGGAGAACGAGCUGAGCAGACAGAAAUAUGCUGAGCAGGAGCUGGACCAGGUGCGAAUGGCUCUGAAGAACGCGGAGAAGGAGCUGGAGUCUCACAGUAACUGGUCGGUGCCGGACGCUCUGCAGAAGUGGCUGCAGCUGACCCACGAGGUGGAGGUCCAGUACUACAAUAUCAAGAAGCAGAAUGCAGAGAAGCAGCUACUGCUGGCUAAAGAAGGGGCAGAGAAGAUAAAAAAGAAGAGGAACACGCUGUUUGGAACAUUUCACGUAGCUCACAGCUCCUCGCUGGAUGACGUGGAUCAUAAAAUCCUUACCGCAAAGCAAGCCCUCGGUGAAGUUACAGCGGCUCUGCGCGAGCGGCUGCAUCGCUGGCACCAGAUCGAGAUGCUCUGCGGCUUCCAGAUCGUGAACAACCCCGGCCUUCACAUACUGAUGACUUCCCUGAACAUAGACCCCAGUCUGAUGGGGGGGUCCCGGCCUGCACCCACUCACUUUAUCAUGACAGAUGACCUAGAUGACCUGGAUGAAGAGAUUGUUUCCCCGGUCAGCAUGCAGUACGCUGCCUUGCUCAUGGGACAUAGGUUCAGUGACCGCCCGGCCGCCUAUUUGGACGAUGCCUCUCUCUGGAAAUUUCCGGCACCCAACCUGAGCGCCCUGCGUCAGAGGCACACGGAGUCGCCGCACCCCACGCUGGGAUCACAGAGGUUGGUAGAGGGUUACGCAAUGAGCCAAAGUGAGGCCAGCCCACCAGUCCCUUAUCGGCCCAGCAGAGUCUCUCUCCACCGAAUGCGCAGCCUUUCUCACGGACAGUCUUUCAGCUCCGAGCAUCAUCCUUCCAGCUCUUCUUCCAAUGCAUCUUCCACAACCUGCCCUCCCUUUUCCUCCCCACCACCACUGCCGCAGCCACCACCAAAUCCUGCUGGGUCACUCUCUCAUCCUGUCUACUAUCACCACUCCACCACUUACUAUCUGCAGAUGGACUCUCUUCCUGACCUGCCCCCUCCAGAUGUCACCUCCGGGAUACCUUGUCGCUCUCCCAGUGUUGGGGACUUGAGUCGCUCAGACUCUGAUUCAUCCAUCCCUUACAUGAGUGAGCAACGAGUCAGCUCCAGAAUCCCCAGUGCCAAAGUCCUGUCCCAUAGAGUCUUGGAAGAGCUUCCGUCCAGUAGCCAAACAUCCAAUGGAGGAAACCGCCAGCUGGAAAUGGCCAGUAUAGCCACCAUUCAGCAGAGACUGUCCGAGAGCCCCCAGCUGGAGAACAAGCUGAUGGGGAAGUCAGUCAGCUUAGGAGAAAUCAGUUUGGCCGGGACGGUACAGUCCCAUUCCGACUCUUCCCGAUCUCACAGCCCGAGCUCCACCGAAGCAGAUACACCAUCUCCUGGCACAGAGUCCAAGCUCAACCACUCAAAGAGCACCCGUAUCCCUCAACUGGCAAUGAAGAAGAGCCCCGGAGAAGAGGAUAGCGGCUCUACGGGCGAGGAGAAUGACCCAAGCUGCAGCAAGAAGAAGUUGACACUGAACAUCUUCAAAAAGCCAAAGAAAUAGUGGUCGUGGUUUGUAGAGCAAAGGAACACGGUGGGGUGAAGAGAGACAUCACUUUCGGUGUAAUCUUUGUCACCCUCUAAUUAGAUGAUAUAUGCAGAAUUAUGGGAGAGGAGGCGGUGGGGUGGGAGCCAGGACCUGGUCAUUCUCCCAUUCCUCUCUCCGGACAAAGACCUUGCACGUACAAUCAAUGCGUUAUUGAUACACGGGUGGGGGCGGUACUGGCUGUUCAUCCUCGUAUUUAUUUCGGGGGACGCUGGCUGAUCACACUUCCCUGCUUCACCUCUUCCCCCAGUUAAGGGCCUCCUCGCUUUGCUAUGCAUGGCUUUUGGGAAGUCUUCUCCCUCUGCCACCAGACAAGAGCCUCCUAUGAGGGCAUUGAUAGAUUUUUACUAGGGAAGGGAAGUGGGUCAUUGAGUUUUAUUUUGUGGGGGACGGUUUGUAUGAUUUAUCUUUUCCGUUCCUUUGUUUUUUUUCCCCCUGUAUUCUUUGCUUUGGAUGGGCAUGCGUAUAAAACAACAAAACACAAUAAAAACAAAAGACUAUUUAUUAA